AUGUGCGAGCACCCAUUCCCCGUCCCUUCCGACAAUUAUGAGUACAUGAUGAAAAUUGUUGGGUUUGUGGAAGACUUACCUGUUGGGUGGGAGUCAAAACUGGAAGAGCUUCGAUUUAUUUCUGAGCAGAAUGCUACACUGAAGAAAGUCCGUGUCACAGACUACGGAAGCGCAGAGAAACCAAAGCCUACCGAUUGCACUCGAUCAGAUGCUUUGGCACUGGCAGAUGUGAGACGAGACACCAACCCUGUGUCGCGGCAAGGAGCACCUUCCGCAAUAGCCUCAUCACCGCGUCUAAGGGAAGCUUUUGUCAAGAAAGCCAACAAUCCGAUGCUGGCUCCGUUGCUGUCGAUCAUGGAAGUUUUCCUGCUGUUUCGGCCAUCUGAUCGAUCAUCACUCGUUACGGUAACAAAGUUAGAAGAGUCGGUGUUAUUUGAAUCGUUAGACGAGCACCUCUCCCUGGCAGUUGAUGCAGCAGAGGGCGAAGAGGAGUUUCCAAACAACGAUGCACUAUCGCAUCUUCAGCUAACCGGGGUUCAGGAGGCCGAUGAACAGGCAGGACUAGAGGCUCCAGCAAGGACAUCCGAGUCCCUUGUCGGUCAUGAAUCAGAGCCGGCGCAAGAGUUGGAAGUUUGUCAAAACAACGAAAAAUCCCAAUUUGCGGCUCAAACAGGGACAUCGGACCAUCCGACCAAUCCUCUCGAACCUCAGCCAGUCUCGCCUGAGAUCUCUGAGAAUCUUGAGCAAGAACAGUUAGAGGUAGCGGAUGGGGCAAAGGACCCACUACACGUCCAGGGAGAACAGCAGCCGGAUGUGUCAGAUAUCUGUCACGUCGUCGAGGAAUCCCAGUCGGAGGUGCAAAGCGGGACACCUGAACUGCAGACAUCUGACCUGCAGAACGAUCAGCAUGACCGUAAGCCAGCCCCGCCUGAAAUCGUGAGUGGCCUGGAACAAGAUCAGCUAAAAGGACUGGAUAGGACACCAGACUUAGUCGACAUCCAGGAAGAACAGCAGCCGGAGAUAUCGGAGAUUCCCGAGGGUUCCAACUCUUCACAGCUAGAGAUCAUGGAGGAUUUAGCGGCAGCCUCAGAGGACGGGAGAGAACAGAAACCCGGACGUCGGAAGAGACUGCGUUCACAUUUAGGAGAAUUGUUGAAUCGGAGCUGGAAGCCAUGGAAGAGGCGUCGGAAGCCUUAG